AUGCAAACUACAGAUAGUAUUACAUUUGAUCCUAGUUUAUAUAAUCGUGCAACUCAUUGGACCUUCUUACUUUAUGAACAGAAUGGGGUUUCAUUAGUUAUUCCAUUACCGAAUGCUAAUGUUAUGUCUUUCAUUAGACCUUUCAAUAAUACAGUACAAUGUCAACAAUUUGCCGAAGCAAACCUUCAGAAAAUGAUUACAUUAUUUGUUUGGGAUGACAAUAUGAAAGAUUGGUUAAAUCGUGUAACAAACAUUCCAGUGAGCCUUCAUGAAAUCAAAAUAUUUUGUAAUUCAAAUGAUCAACCAUUUCUCGAUGCAUGGUUACAACGAUAUAUAAAUCGAUAUACGACUGUGACGUUUGAAAUAAUUCCUUAUGAAGAACUCAAUUAUAGUUUGAUGAUAUUUGGUAUUGCUCAUUUGAAAAAGUUACAUGCUGAUUUUCAACAAAAUUCACCUCUAUAUCCACAAUUAAAUCGUAAUUACAAAAGAAUUUGUCGUGCAUUAGCGAAUUAUUUUUGGAACGAAGCAAAUACUGAAUAA